CUGUCCUUUUAUAAUCAAUUCGCCCCAUCAUUUUAAGUUCUACAAGUCUCACAAUUAUAGAAUCGAAGUGUUUUACUGGUCCCUUAAUCGCGUAUCGAAAAUCAUCAUGGCAGCGCUAAAGAAGGUUUUGGUAAUUGGGGCUUCCACUAGUGGAAUGGCUAACCUCGGUGCGUCUCUCGUUGAAGAACUUAAGGCAGACGGAACCUUUGAAAUCACAGUGCUGUCCCGCAAAUCAUCACCCACAGCAACAAAGGGGGUCAAUCUAGUCAAGGUGGACGAUAGCUUUCCACAGGGCGAUUUGGAGAAAGUAUUCACUGGCCAAGAUGCCGUGGUCAUGACUACCAGUUUCCAGCUGUUUGGCCAGGAAGACAAGUUCAUUGAUGCAGCCGUAAAAGCGGGAGUUAAGCGUUUCAUCUCUUCCGACUUUACCAGCAACACCACAAACAUGGAUACACUAGCCAUGUUUCCCAUGAUGGGAGGUAAAGCCAGAGUGAACGGCGAACUCAAGGCUAAGGAGAGUACUGGACUCACUUGGACGGCGAUUAGCACUGGGAUCUUCUUGGACAUUGGACUUAUGACGGGAUUCGUAGGCUAUGACUUGAAGGGCCAUACUGCUACGAUCUGGGAUGACGGAAACGCCAAGUUCUCCGUUUCUACGAAAGCAAAUGUCGCCAAGGCAAUCACCAGAGUUCUUAGGAACCCUGAAAUCACCGCCAAUCAGCAUGUCUUCGUAUCAUCGCUAGAAACGUCGAUGAACGAGAUUCUAUCCGGACUAGAGAAAGGUCAAGGCGUCAAGUAUGAUAUCUCGUAUACCAAGUUGGAGGAUGAAGUCGCAUUCGGCAAAUCUAUGCUCGCAAAGGGGGACUUUAUGAAGGCCCACAAGUUGGUACUGGCUGCGAGUCUUAUUCCGGGAUACGGAAACAACUUUGCAGAGGAAGAAAAACUCUGGAACGAUGUACUAGGAGUACCCCGGGAGAGUAUCGAUGAGGUGGUUGGAAAGGUUAUCAGAGGCUGAGAGAUCUCAAAGAGAUGGAACCCAUCAGGGCUGUAGGGCAUAGGAUCAAACCUACCUACAGUUACUUCCUUCGAGAAGCUUGUCCGUAGCAUCAAUGCAGAAAUAUCCAUUGAA